CACUGAGUCACGUGGUACAGGUUGGUUGCGCGACCAAUUUAGCACACUUGUUCGCUACUGGCGGGCUGGUGGUCGGACGUGAGCGAAAUUUUGGCGGGGGCAUUUCAGAAACGUGUUUUCAUGCUGUGUGUUACAUCAAGCAUCUGCUACUGAAUAUUUGGAAGGUGAACGACGAUGCUGGGAAAUGUUUUGUCGGUGCUAUCACGUAAGAAGACACUGACGGACGAGUCGGUGGCGAAGUCGGAGUUGUCUCGAUGCCUGACCGUCGUGGACCUGACCCUCCUGGGUGUCGGCAGUACCCUGGGUCUGGGAGUGUACGUCCUGGCCGGCGCGGUGGCCAAGACCGAGGCUGGUCCGGCCGUCACCAUCUCCUUCUUGGUCGCGGCAAUAGCCUCUGCUUUCGCCGGCAUCUGCUAUGCGGAGUUUGCAGCAAGAGUUCCCCGAGCUGGCUCUGCGUACAUCUACAGCUAUGUCUGUGUGGGGGAAUUUGUAGCAUUUGUGAUUGGAUGGAAUCUAAUUCUCGAGUAUGUUAUAGGAACUGCGAGUGUGGCUCGUGGCCUUAGCAGCUACAUCGAUAAACUCGCUGACAAUGUGAUGCAGAAUACGAUGAGAGAAAUCAUGCCUAUCAACGUUGACUUUCUCUCCGAUUAUCCAGACUUCUUAUCCUUUGGAGUGAUAAUUGUCUUAGCAGGUAUCCUAUCCAUUGGCGUGAAAGAGUCUACGAUCCUCAACAACAUAUUCACUGUAGUCAAUUUGCUUACGGUCUCAAUUGUCAUAAUAGCAGGAUCUUUAAAAUGUGAUUUUCACAACUGGAAUAUUCCCAAAUCAGAAAUUCCAGCAGAUGUGGCUUCAAAAGCAGGUGAAGGAGGUUUUAUGCCCUUUGGAUUGGCAGGCGUUAUGGCAGGGGCAGCCAAGUGUUUCUAUGGCUUUGUUGGAUUUGACUGCGUGGCAACAACCGGAGAAGAAGCAAAAAAUCCGCAGAAAUCUAUUCCGAUUGCCAUUGUAAUUUCCCUGAUUAUAAUCUUCAUUUCUUACUUCGGAAUCUCAACAGUCCUCACGAUGAUGUGGCCUUAUUACUAUCAGGAUGAAAAUGCACCUUUACCUCAUGUCUUUACACAAGUUGGCUGGCCUGUUAUAAUGUGGAUUGUGACAGUGGGUGCUGUGUUUGCACUUUGCACAAGCUUGUUGGGAGCCAUGUUUCCUCUACCUCGAAUUCUGUACGCCAUGGCUAAUGAUGGUUUGCUGUUCCGAUUCUUAGCCAAUAUUAAUGCGCGAACACAGACACCUGUAUUGGCCACUGUGCUCUCAGGAAUACUGGCUGGGAUUAUGGCUACAAUAUUUGAUCUGCAACAGCUUAUUGACAUGAUGUCUAUUGGAACGCUCUUAGCGUAUACCAUAGUUGCCAUCUGUGUUCUGGUUCUAAGGUAUGAAGAUCCACCGCAGUCUUCAUAUGCCUACUCCUCACAUGAGCAGGAGAUCCAGUUUGGUGAUGCUGGCAUCGUCAGUUUAGUGCUUCGUUCCAUGAAACUGUUAUUUAACCUCUCCAUGAUUAAAUAUCCCAGCUUGCUGUCAUCAUCCAUAACAAAAUGGUCAAUUGUCUUGUUCAGUAUUAUCACUGUCGGCUUCUGUUCAGUCAUCAUCUUUGCAGGAAGUGGUCUAAAGAAUCUUGACUUAUGGCCAGUUCUAUUGGCUACUGUCUUUCUAUUCCUGAUGCUUGUCAUUUUGUUGAUUAUUGGCAGGCAGCCCAGUUCCAGUGUUAAACUUUCAUUUAAGGUUCCUCUCGUGCCCAUUGUGCCUGCGCUUAGCAUAUUCAUCAAUGUAUACCUUAUGUUGGUACUGGAUGUAUACACCUGGAUACGAUUUGGUGUUUGGCUGGCGAUAGGUUUCCUAAUAUAUUUCUUCUAUGGGUUGAAAAAUAGCGAAGAAGGAAAACUUUCAAGGGAGAAAGGAGAAAGCAAACAGCUUACUGUUCAUCAAAUUGGCGCUGAACGUCAGAAUAAAGCAGAUUCACAACAAGAAAACUGCAGUUACAAGUCAUUCAGUAGUACAUUUGAUAAUUCUCAAAACUCAUCAUUAUGAAACUGUGAUAAGGAGUAGCCAUUUGUGUGAUGUGCACCGUAUCAGCAUACUUCAAUCGUGCUUCUCACCGUGUUGAGAUUUUUGGACACAAACAGCUAUUAACCAUUUUUUACUCCAUGAAACAUAUUGCAUUUGCAAAUAUGACAUUUUAAUGGGUAUUGGUAUUUUUUAUUAUUUUAAGCUUUCAGAUGUGGAACUCCCUUUUACUAUGCCAACAUAUUUGAACAAUUGGGAAUUUUGUAAUAUUGAAUUCGUUUUGUUAGAAUUUUUUAGUGUAAUGGUGACCAUCUGCUGUAUCACAGCUUUUAUGUUUCUACUGCAUUUAUAAUUAAGCUAAUUCAUCCAUUAUCAGGUAUCAUUGAAUUUGUACAUAUCACAUUAUAAAUGCAAGUUUACUAACUUACAAAACUCUUAAAACUGAAUUCAGUCCUUUAGUUUUAUGUGAGGUUUACCAACAAAUUCCAUUGACAAUAUGGAACCUUUAAUUUGUGGAAUUUACUUCUCUUUUAUAUGAAAAUAUUAUUUUGCAUGAUAUUUA